AGAUAUAGCGACUGCUUGGCAACUUGAAUAGGAAGUGAUUGGAGCAGUUUGGACGCCUUUGGGCGGCUGAUUAAGUUACCUGUUUAAUGAUUGAAUAAAUGGGUUAAAUAUCAGUAAUACUGUUGGUGUAGCAGCUAUAGAUAGAUGUGUGUAUUCAUUCAGAACAGGUCGUGUUUUUGUUGUUAGUACAGUUGUCAGUACAGAGCGUUGCCCUCGGUGCCGCUGAGCCCGGGUGUCUGUUUACUUAGCCUAGCUUUUAGCUUAGCUUAGCUAACUGUUCAGUGUUUGGAGAAGGGGUGCCUGUUAACCUCAUCUCAGCUGGAGCGCUGCUUAUUUGACCUGAAUCUAGGCGGAGAGCCGCCGCCGCCGCUGCUGUUUGUUUUUGCCAUUGUAGCUACUGCAGUGCUAACUGACCCCACUGGGCAGCUCCAUUCAGACUUAAUUAGCGAACUCCACAAUUCAAAGAACAGGAGAAAAAGUUAUCUACUUGGUUGUCUUUCACCUCUCAUUCAUCAUGUUUGUUUGGUCUUACUGGAAAACCAUCUUUACGAGACCAGCAAGCCCAUCCAAAGAGUUCUGCCUGCCGAAAGCUGAGAAGGAGCAGUAUGAGAAAGAAGAGCGUCCAGAGACUCAGCAGGAGAUCCUGAAGAAGGUUGCCAGCAGUCUGCCGCUUUACACUCGCACUGGAGCUGGAGCAAUCCGGUACUGUGACCGCUGCCAGGUGAUCAAACCUGAUCGGUGCCAUCACUGCUCUGCAUGUGACAUGUGUGUGCUGAAAAUGGAUCAUCACUGUCCAUGGGUGAACAACUGCGUGGGCUUCUCUAAUUACAAGUUCUUCAUCUUGUUCCUCGCUUAUUCACUGAUCUAUUGUUUAUUUAUUGCUGCCACUGUUCUCCAGUACUUCAUCAAGUUUUGGACACUUUGCCGGAGGAAAUCGGCAGAGAACUGUCCGAAGAGUGACCUGCCAGAAAGUCAGGCCAAAUUCCAUGUCUUGUUUCUCUUUUUUGUGGCGGCCAUGUUCUGCAUCAGCAUUCUCUCACUCUUCACUUACCACCUGUGGCUUGUAGGAAAGAACAGAUCCACCAUAGAGGCGUUCCGUGCUCCGGUUUUCAGAAACGGUCCUGAUAAAAAUGGCUUCUCGCUGGGCUUCACCAAGAACAUCGCUCAGGUGUUUGGAGACCAAAAGAAGUACUGGCUCCUGCCAGUCUUCACCAGUCAGGGAGAUGGCCUCACAUUUCCAACCCGACUUGUGGCCGUAGAUCCAGAACAGCCAACAGUAGUUUUACACCCUGACACAGUGAACAGAAGUGCUGAAGAUGAAUCGCUUCAGCAGUCUAGUCCUCUUAGCGAGUCUCAAAACCGUCUGCUCAGCAACAACGUCCACGCUAAUGAUGAUCAGGGAUAUACGUUGAAAACUGAAGACAGUGAGACUAUCACCAUCUCCAUGGAGAGCGAGUCGUAGCCAGGUUAGUGGACCUCACAGAGUUAUCCUAGUCUGGGAGUGAAUGGUGAUUGGUUGACCUGCUGUCGUGUCCUCGAUCAGAGCUGAUGAAGGCUGAGGAGGGCCAGUUGAUCUAUGUUCUUCAGUCUUUGGCUCCCAGGGCUGGUAACUGUGGAGCAGAAAACACAGCCAUCAAAUGAGAUGCCUUAAACAACUCCUUAUCUCGGUCAUGUCUUCAACAUCUCCUCAUUUACACGGAAUUUAGAGAAGCCUAAAUGAGAUGCCUUUGAAGAGAAGGUCUUGUUUAUUAAUGGAACAAAUUACAUCCUGCAUCUGCUUUUUUUUUGCACAGCAGAGCACACCUUUUCCCGAAUCUCGCACGGAGCCCAUCCACCUCACUUCCAUUCCUCUGCCUGCUCAAGUAUUGGUGCAAAUCCUAUAAAACUCUCUUCAUUGUUUACUGGAAAAUGCACUACGAUUGUUAAGAGCCUUUCAUUUCCCAGCACCGUUGACCUGUCCUGGAACUCCCUGGCACUUUUUUGGGUAUGAUGAGGCUGCCUUGGUUUUGAGAUUUGGAGUGAUCUGAUGUUUACACAGAGGGGAGCUGUCUAAAGAGCCAUUUACAUCUCCAGUCCAGUCCCUCUCUUUUAUAUAAACAUAAAAAUGUAUAGAAAAGAGACAUAACACUUAUGAGUUCUGAUUGUAGCACAGAAUUAUGUUUGUCUGUCUUAGACAGAGCGGUUUGUGAUGUUUUGAGGUUCGGGUAUAAGUAUUAGGACACAUCCCAGCACACAAUGGCACAUUUGCACAUUCAAAUUUAAUUAGGCAUUUUCUUUUUUAUUUUGAAUCGGAUGCAUUAUUCAUGGACAGGACACGCACACUCUCACCAGUGGACAAAGGAUGACCUUCUUAAAACCCCAAUCAGGAUGUUUUUGGACUUUUCCUUUUAGUGCCUUCUGUAGGCGUCUUUGUAGUUAAGUGGAAUCAAGUCUUUUGUUUUGCUCAGAAUGAUCAUGUCUCAUCUGGGAAUGACUUGGACUUCCCUUUUCCUUUUUUUUUUCUUUCCAUGUUCCAUGUCCACAUUUUUAUUGAGAUUCCAAACCAUGACAUCAGACCAAAUGCAUGUAAUUUCAUACGAAAUUUCCUGGUUGGAGCUUUAAAUGAUCCUUUUUAUACAUAUCUCUGAGCUGCUUGUCUUACGAGAUUUUUUUUAAUAUACAUAAAUUUAAAUAUUUCUGUUUUGGCUUAACUUGUGUGUUGUUGUUUUUUUUUGUUCUAGCCUUGUAAUUCAAUUAAAAGGCGACCUCAGCCAAUUAAGGCCACUGUGUGUUGCCAAAUAAAGGGCUUAAUAUCGGAGCUCUUAUUAUGGAGUGUUUACAGUGUGUACGUAAUACCUCUCUGCUCUCACAGUGUAGCCAGUACCACCAAGUAAACCAUAUCCAAUUCUUCUGUUUAUUUCUUUUUUCUUUUUUUUUUUUUAAUUUAAAGAUUUAUACGGUUAGUUUUUUUGGAGGGUUUCUGUCUGCAGUAUCAGAAUGGUCCAGCAGGUGGACAGCUCUUUCAGCUUAGCUGCUGGUGUGCUAAAGCGUAAUGGUAUUUCUUUCAGGGGUUAUUAUUAUUUUGAAGAAAUGCAUCACCAAAAAAUCAAUUUUACACAAUGUG